UUUUAUAUGAUGAAACAGGACAAAAGGAAUGGUGUACAUUAGCAUAUUGGGAACUGGGUGGUAGAGUAGGUCGUCUUUACCCUGUAGAACCCUCAACGGUAAAUGUUUUCGAUUCCCUCCACGAUGGCGAUGGUCUUUGCUUAGCAACAUUGGCUGAAAAUCACGUUGCACCACCUGCUGUCCAAAGAACAAGAAGCAAAAUUGGUCUUGGUUUGAUGCUUAGUCAAGAAGCAGAUGGUGUAUGGGCGUACAACAGAUCUGAGAGCCCAAUUUUUGUGAAUUCACCCACUCUGGAUGAUCCGGAGUCUAGAACACUACUUGUCUAUCGUGUGCCUCCAGGCUUUUGUCUGAAUAUCUUUGACCAUACCAAAAUUCUACAGCUUCCAUAUGGCAGUGGUACUACCAGAACGAGUAAUCAGACUUCAGGCUUUGCCUCUGGUCCUGUCGAUAUCAACUCCGUCCGCAUCAGCUUCGCCAAAGGCUGGGGACCCAAGUACUCAAGACAGGAAGUCACCUCUUGCCCAUGCUGGCUCGAAGUGCUCCUAGCACCAUGCAGGUGAUCCCUACAACUCGUUGCAAAGGUAUACAGUCUCGUCUGUUUGCGCCUCUUCUUCCUCCUCGUCGUUCUCCGAAGAGGACCGAUCUGUGAAACUGACGCAGCAACGACGAAGCUCCGUCCCAAAGGCUGCCAACGGAUACUCAUACGACGUGGAUCGCCGCCAGCAGUCUUACCAAAGUACGCCGCCAUACAUACAGGAACAGCGUCGUUUUAUUAACAGAGGAAAAAUGAGAAUCAUUUGACAGAAGCGUUUUAUAUUCUUGUGCCUGCGAACGGAGGAAACACAGUUUGCGCGUGGUAUUCGAUUAUCAUUUAUUAUAAAGCUCGACCAUUUUGUAUCGCAAUGCCCUUCUUGAUCGAUCAAUGAUACUAUUGUACUUUCUUGACAAUGUUAAAUGAGAUUUUAUAAAAAAUGAAGCGGAGGUUCUCCGCUAGGUCUAGUCAGUGGUAUUUAACGUUUUUUAAGCUUGACGUGUUAACGUGUCUUGCAUUAAGAAUAACAUAAUAUAAACAACAUUAACUGAAAUCACAGAAAGUGCGAAAGUAAAAUUGACGCGCCGAUUUCUUUUUUAUGGUAUUGAUCGUAUAAGUUUUUAUGUCCGUUUACUGUCUGGCCAUGUCCUCGUUUAUGAUUAAUCAUUGUACUGCAAGGAAGCAGAAAACUUGGGCUUCCGAUAAGGUCUAGUCAAUGGUGUUUGAGAGUAAGAAAAGCUCGUUGAUCGCAUGGAUUUUUUCGAAAUCCAUUUAAAUUAUCAAGAAACGAGAACACUGCCAACAGAAUCAAAGGGAAAGUACUUAGCGUUACCUUCAAAAAAAGACUUCUUUUAUUUUUAUGAUUAAAGUAACAAUAUUUUUAGCGUAAAUCCCCUGCUUUUACAUUGAUUUUAAUCGAACUCGAGGAAAGAUUUGUCAGCUUGAAAAAUAAUCAAAAUCCUCUCGAUUUGGAGAUGUCUUUGUCAGUUCAUUGGCUGUUUAAUUGAAUUUUGACAAACAUCCAACUAGUCGAUAAUUGAAAACAUAAUUUUUGUAAGAAUCUCACAAAUCUUUUCUCAAUUUUUCUCCUUAAUUUUAUACAUUGUAAGCCGGUAUUUCUGCGUAUAUAAUUUUAUAAUGACGUUUCAUCGACAUCCAAACAUCGUGUACCACGAGUUACUGUAGUUGUCUCCGAUCAAAAAGUUCGGUGCUGUACAUGCAUAUAUGUACAUACACUGUGCCUUCCCAGCUUCCUUCGUGGUGCAAUGGACGAGUGAUAGAACGAAUGUGUGUGUGCGUGUAUCUAAGGAAAGCAUGAGAGAACUCCGCGUGCCAGAGCUACGUUUCGCACCAAAAUGCCCGAGAGCUUCGUACUACAGUAAUACGAUACUGUGAUAAAAGUUCGAACCAGGUCUCUUUUGUCCUUCCCUCUUUUUUUUUCUCGGACGCGUUUACGAAGCACCGACGAUAAACGAAAGAAAAAGAAAAAGCAAUCCAUCUGUUAAAAUAUGUACAUGUACGCAGAGAGAGAGAGACACAAAACAAUAUGCUUAAUAAAACAAUAGUUCAUAGACUCGAAUCAUAGAGGAAAUGUUAAAUUUAUAUAUUAAAAAGGAAAGUACUGUUUUCUCAGUUAAUUUUGUACAGUUUUGAGAGAUAACGAGAAAUUAGCGUAAGUGAGUGACGUUUUACGAAUUUUAUCGCGAGAAAGUCUUCAUUAAGAUCCACCUCCAAAUUCGAAUGCGCGUAUACAGCGUGUAGAGAAGAAGAGAACGCGUGUGUAAUGCAGAGUAAACAGAUUUGCGCGUAACAAAAAAAUCGAACACACGACUGUAAAAAAAAAAGAAGAAAGAAAGAAUGUGUGAAGAGUUCGGGACGAUGAUGUUAUGUACGUGCAUACGAUUUAACAUGUACCACCAGUCAUACGUAUUCAUUCAUACGCAACACAAGCAUCUGUAAAACACAAUCGACUGAUCGAGUAGUAGUUUUCUUUUUCUCCAGCCGUUAGUUACAUUUUUCUUUUCGUAACAGCCGUUUUUAUCGGCAUAAAAGCGGACGCAUGCACGAUGCCCGCGUGACACGCCGAAGGAUAUAUUGUCGUUUAAAUGUUACACAUUAAUAUGUAUACAGAAAUGUUUAUAUACGUAGUUAGCUAUAACGGAGUGAUUCUCUGGCCUGUAUGUGAGAUUCGAAAUUUGGCACUCUUAAGAAUACAUACACUGACGUUUGUGACGUCGUUGAACAAACAAAAUGUUAGUCUCGGGUGAAAAUUUUCAAAACGACCAAACGAAUUAUGGAGAUGUAUUCUUGAUACGCUGUGUGUAUAAUCCUAUCCGUGUAUAGGCCUAAGAAUCGUCGAUGAAAAUUGUAACGAGACAAGAAGGAAUAAUUUUUUUUCUUUUUUUUUUUUUUUCGAAAAGUCGUCUCAUCUCGGACGACAGCUACGUUGCUUUUUAUAGUCUUUUUUUGUCACGGCUCUAACUUGCUGUUACACAGUCGAGGUUGGCUCAUCGCUGGAAUUGAACCAAACGCGUGCGGUCAGUCUGAAAGCGAUUUUUCGGAACGACGUUCAGGUAAACGCGGAGCGCAACAAACGGCGAUCCAUAUAAUUUGUAUAAAUAUUUUAUUUUCUUUCGUAAAGAUUCGAUUAAAAGUAAGUUUACUUA